AUGAGCAAUCCCGAUGAUCUACUGGUGGAGCUCAUGUACGAGUACAAGCCGCACUUGCAAUCAUACCGGCACCGUCUGAAUACGUGGAAUGAGCUGCUGCAGGCCUUCAACAGAGCCACAGGCGCCAAUUAUCGCCAGAGCAGGACUCUCAAGACGCGAUUCGAAAAAUUGAAAGAGCUGUUUGUGAACGGAGAACCGCUGCAAAUUAAGAGCAUGGCUCUUUUACAAAGAUUGCUGGAUGAGUGUGGUCAUGAAAAUCGAGUCUUGGACGACAAAAGUCCGUCAGAGCAGUAUCAGUCGUCGGAACAUUCCAACACCCCCACUGCAGGUUUUCCCGAGAAAUCACAGCCGCAGCAAAAAUCGCAAUUACAGUCACAUUCCCAGUCACAACGAGACACAGAUUUUCCCCCUGAGUGUGAAGAAAACGAAGAUCAAGAUAUGUCAAGACCACCGCCGCUGGAUUCGAUCACGAUUUUCCCUCACACCCAAAUGCGACGAUUUCAGGAAGAGAGAUUUGUGAAAAAUGGUGGGUUUGCGGCGUCUCAGGAUUUUUCCAGGAGCUCGCACGAUUCGCCCUUUAAUUCUCAGAAUGCGUCUGCAGCAGAUACCCCUGGAGAACAACAUAUGGUAACUGAAGAAAACAUCGCUUCGGUCUUGGAAUCCCUCAAAGCAGACUUUCGGAGCUUCAACUCGUUUGAUUAUUCUCCGGAGGACAUAAGCUCUUUGGCAGCACUAAGGAGUGAAGUCGCCACGAUAAAACAUAAUCAAGAAGUGUUCCAGAGAAACGUUCUCGCAAAACUAGACAGAAUUGCCGAAGUUCUGCAUCCAACAUCGGACUUUCUUCGAAACAACUCUCAACCUCAUCAAGAUCAAGGCUACGGCCACUAA